CCCACCAGCAGCAGGGAAGCUGCGGAGGGAGGCUGGGCUCGAGAGCCCCAAGGGCUGGCAGCUGCCCUCCGCCUCCUGCCGGAGGGGCUUGGGCUUGGAUGGAAGAGCCCUUGCGGGGCAGCAGGCGAGGCUGCUGGGGCUGCAGCGGGGCGCGGGAGCCUCUGGCGGCGGGGGCCAAGGGCCAGGAGGCAGAGGAGGAGGGCCAGGCAGCCGGAGCCCUGCCUCUCCGCCUGGGUCUGGUCUUCUUCCCCGAGAGCAGCGGCCGGGAAGAGCCCCAGGAGAAGGGGAAGGAGGAGGCGGACAGCCAUGGAGAGCUGCAACCGCAAGGUGGGCGCCCCCCCCUACUCUGUGCUGAGCCCCAUUCAGAAUAGCCUCCUGGACCUGACAGAGACGGGCAAAGGGCUGAAGGUGCAGACGGAGAAGCCCCACCUGGUCAGCCUGGGCAGCGGCCGCCUCAGCACCGCCAUCACGCUCCUGCCUCUUGAGGAGGGCAAAACGGUGCUGGGCUCAACCACGGGUGACAUUGUGCUGCAAGGGCCUGGCAUGGCCCCCCAGCACUGCUUCAUUGAGAACGUGCAUGGAACCCUCACUCUCCACCCCUGUGGCAACCCAUGCUCCAUCGACGGCUUGGCAGUCACUCGUCCCACACGCCUUUCUCAAGGGUGCAUGAUCUGCCUGGGCCAGUCAACCUUCCUUCGGUUUAAUCACCCGGCGGAGGCAAAGUGGAUGAAAAGCAUGAUUCCGGUUGGGGGGCGAAGCCUUGCAGCCCCUUAUGGGCUCAUAGCAGAGUCGCAGAGGCUGGUGAACGGCAACCCAGAAAUGGGGAAGGGCCCCCGGGGGCCGAGCCACAGCGCUCUGGUCAGCUCCAUCGAACGCGACUUGCAAGAUAUCAUGGACUCCCUGGUGCUGGAGGAGGAGGAAGGCAGCCCCUCUACACAUCCCCCGGCCCUCAGCACCACUGUCCUCUCACCCGACACCUCCGUGGUCAAUGGCCGGGGCGUCCGCUACCUGCUCUCCCCGCCCCAGAGCCCCAGCGCCAUGUCCAUGGGUUCCAGCUAUGAAAACACCUCGCCCCCCUUCUCACCCCUCUCCUCUCCUGCCAGCAGCAACAGCUGUGCCAGCCACUCGCCUGACAGCCAGGAUCAGGGCCCUGCCGCCCCACCAGUGGUGCCUGUCCGCUCCUCCAGUUAUAACCACAUCAUGCUAAUGCCCCACGGCGGGCCCGGAGUGGACCUCUCUGGCAGUGUUGGUGUCACAAGCCCAUCCAGAGGAUCCGGCAGCCCUAGGACAGCACAGAGAGCCAAGCAGGAGCACCCCCAGAGCCCCUCGCCCAGCCGCAGAGGCCGGCGUUUGAUGGAAGCCUCCCACGCUGCCCAGCACGACACCCAACCUCCUGUGCCGCUCUUUGGACUGAGUGAGAGUCUGCCAGAGGGUGGCCCCAGGGUGCAGCCCCCGAGCAGCCCCCUCUUGGCCCCCAAGUUCCAGGCCCCACGGAUCAAGACUGCCACCCUGCAGGAGAGGCCUCCCAGCCCCUUCCGGGACGUGCCGGCCAGCCCUUCCCGACACAGCCCAGGGAAGCCCUUCCAGGCUGCAGAGACGGGAGUCCAGUCGGUCCGGGUGCUUCACCCCCCCAAGAGUCCCCGGCUCAGCAGGCGCUCCCUAGAGAACAGGCGGGAACUGCCCCCAGUCAGCCCGGCCCUCUCCCGCCGAGCCGCCUCACCCACCGCCAGCACCCACAGCAGCCCCUCCAUGGCCACCAGAGUCAGCGAUGGCCCCGGAGGCUGGCGGAGGGAGGCCCUGGAGGACUUCUCGGCAGCCUCCUUGGGGGGCCUGCAAGGCCGCAGCCCCUCACCCACCCUGCUACUUAUGGGAGAUCCUGCCCAGCAGAAAGGUGGCCAUCAUCACAGAUCUGGCCUGAACCCAGCGGCCAGCCUGGGCUCCCUGGCCCUGCCCUCUUCUUCCUCGCCACGCCAGAGCCCUCGCCUGCGCCGCAAGUUGUCUGGGGAUGCCCAGCUGCUGGGAAUGAUGCCCAUGCAGGAGCGCAAACAGAGCAUCACCGACCUGAGCGGCAACGAGGGAAACCUGCUGGAGUACCACCGGUGGCAGCGCCAGGAGAGACUGCGGGAGCAGGAGAUGGAGCGCCUGGAGCGCCAGCGCCUGGAGACCAUCCUCAGCCUGUGUGCCGAAUACACGCGCAGCGAUGGCGAUCCAAGCCAGGAGCGCUGCCCCUUCCCCAGCGGAGCUGAGAUGCCCACCCUUCCAGGGAGGAGACCCUGCAAGGGCUCCCUCAGCAUUGUGCAACCCGAGGAGGAUCCUGUGGGAUCCCUGGUCCCUCAAAGAGAGAGGGAGGGUCUGGAGCGCUCCGAUGAGGACAACCUGAAAGAGGAGGAGAGCAGCAGCACCGAGAGUGCCUGCCACGAGCAUGAAGAUCCAAACAGCACCAAGGGCAGUCAGGAGACAGCCCUGCUGGAGGAGGGGCGUGCACGGAUCUUGACCACCAUCGACCAGCUCAAAAGCCGGGCCAAAGAGCUGGAGCAACAGCUUCAGGAGACAGCCCGAGAGGCGGAAAUGGAGAGGGCCCUCUUGCAGGGGGAGCUUGAGGCUGAGCUAAUCCAGUUGCACCAGGAGCAGAAGGCAAUGCAGCACCUGCAGGAGCAGCUCUCUGGCCUGGACGCCACCAUCCGCCGGGACCAGGACAAGGAGAGGGCAAAGGUUGAUGCUGAAAGGAAGGAGCUGGAUAGGCUGCGGGCGCUCUGCUCUGAGCUCAGGACCCAGCUUGAUAACUGCCCUGAGUCCAUGAGGGAGCAGCUGCAGGACCAGGUGCAAAGGGAAGCGGAGGCUCUGGAGACGGAGACUAAGCUCUUUGAGGACCUGGAGUUCCAGCAGCUGGAGAGGGAGAGCAGGCUGGAGGAGGAGCGCGAGGUGCUCAGCCAGCAGCUACUUCAUAGCACUGCAGAGAGCCACUGCAGCCUGGCCCGGAGGAAGGAGCGUGUGGCGGCACUGGAGGUCCAGGCCAACCAAAUCCGGCUGCAGGCUGUGCAGGAGGCUGAGCGGCUGGGCAAGGAGAAGAGUGCCACUUUGCAGAUGCUGCAAAAGGAGAAGGAAGCCCUCCUUGCGUUGGAGAGGCAGUACCACGUGCUGACCGGAGGCUUCGGCUUCCCCAAGGCCUCCACAGCCCUCCGAGAGGAGGCGCUUGCUUUCUGUGAGCUGGAGGAGGAGGGGGCUGACUUUGCAAGCCCCCCUCGUGCAGCCAUUCCUUCUGCCCAGCGCUGCCCAGUGAUGCUGAAGGUCUAUCAUCGCUCCAAGGUAGAUGGUGCCACCCCUGGCAGCCUGGCAUGGUCCAAAGGGGGCAUGUCCUCUUCUUCCCAGCUCAGCAUCGCCACCCUUGGACGCAGCCCCUCACCCAAGAACACCCUGACCCCCCAGAACAGCGGCACCGGCAGCCUCCCUCGAAACCUGGCCAGCACCCUCCAGGACAUUGACAGCAAGCGCCAGCUGGCCCUCCAGCAGAAGGGGCAGCAGGUGAUAGAGGAGCAGCGGCGGCGGCUGGCUGACCUGAAGCAGAAGGCAGCAGCCGAGGCACAGUCCCAGUGGGAAGCCCUGCACGGGGGAGGGGCGCCCCUCUUCCCCCCCACAUAUUCCCCCCUCAUACACCACUCCAUCCUCCAUCAUCCCCAUCGCUCUCCACGGGGGCUGGCCCUGCCUCCCGACGAUCCCAAGCACCCCUACGACACCCUCAGCCUGGAAAGCUCUGACAGCCUCGAGACCAACUUCUCCAACAGCGGCAACUCCGCCUGCUCCCCAGACAAUGCCUCCAGUGCCAGUGGGGCCGACACAGGGAAGAUCGAGGAGAUGGAGAAGAUGCUGAAAGAGGCCCAUGCGGAAAAGUCACGCCUGAUGGAGUCACGAGACCAGGAGAUAGAGCAGAGGCGCCAAGCCCUGGAAGAUGAGCGGCGGAGGCGGGAGCACCUGGAGCGACGGCUGCAGGAUGAAACUGCCCAGCGGCAAAAGCUCAUUGAGAAGGAGGUCAAGAUGCGAGAGAAGCAGUUUGCCCAGGCACGGCCUCUGACCCGCUACUUGCCCAUCCGCAAAGAGGACUUUGACCUCCGCCUGCAUAUUGAAUCUUCGGGCCACAGUGUGGACACAUGCAGCCACGUCAUCCUCUCCGAGAAGAUGUGCAAGGGCUACCUGGUCAAGAUGGGGGGCAAGAUCAAGUCAUGGAAGAAGCGCUGGUUUGUCUUUGAUCGCAUGCACCGUACCCUCUCCUACUAUGCGGACAAGCAUGAGACCAAGCUCAAGGGCCUCAUCUAUUUCCAGGCCAUUGAGGAGGUUUAUUAUGACCAUCUCCGGAGUGCGGCCAAGAAGAGGUUCUUCUCUCUCAGCCUGGCCAGUCACCUAGCAGACUUUCUCCCUGCUCCCUUCAGUGGAGAGAGCCCGAACCCAGCUCUGACGUUCUGCGUCAAGACCCAUGACCGCCUCUACUACAUGGUGGCUCCCUCUGCCGAGGCCAUGCGCAUCUGGAUGGACGUUAUCGUCACGGGUGCUGAGGGCUACACACAGUUCCUGAACUGAUGGCUGGAAGAUCCCAAGAGGAGGAGGAAUGACCAGGGGGCGGUCUGCACCCGCAUGGCUUUGGUCUCCUCUCGGUCAGAAUGAUGCCUCUGCUUCUCCAUGAGGCUGAUCUGGAACUGCUGGGAGCUGCAGGGCGCCGGGAGGCUGCUUUCCUCGGUAAAUAUGGUGCCUGCCUCCCCCCUCUCUGCCCCAGACUGCAACAGGGCAGCCACGUUUGCCCAUUAAACAGCCAAGAACUCCACUCCAGCUGCUCAGUUGAGCCCAGGAUUAGCCCUACUCCAUGUAUAUGGGGAGGUUUUCCUCCCUCCCUCCCUCCCUCCCUCCCUUGCAAUUGAUAGCAAGUGGGCUGGACAGAGGAAGAGAGAGAGAAGUGGCAGAAGUGCCAUGCUGCAAGACUGGAAGACAAAAGGUGGGUGGUGUUUCAGCUCUGCCCUGUCCUCCAUCACUACCACUACUACCACCACCAUGUGCCUUGGGGGGCUGGGGUCCCAUUCUCUUCCUGGUCAGCAUUGGAGGGCAUUGCUAGGGACCCUCCUUCCAGCGAGCAGCCCGUCCCUGCCUUGGGAUGGUUGCCAUAUUCAGUUACUUUGGAAGAGGCACAAGUUUUGCCCAGAAGUACCGUUUUAGACACCCAGGUUUGAAAAACAGGAACACCAGCACCCAGAAUUGCUCUCUCUUAUGGCUUAGGCCAGUGGUGCUUCCUAUUACUUGGAAUGUGGGGGGGGGGGGCAGAGAAUGGGAAAUAAUAAAGCUUUUUAUCUACAA